CAGGUGGGGUCCGGAAGCUAUCUGCUCAUGCCGUUAACGGUUCCAUCUGGCUAGUCUUCAGACGGUGUUCUUGAUGUCUUCCCAUUGCAAUUGAAGACGCAAUGGAAGGCCAUUGUUCAAUCUACUUGCCUGACCAGUCUGGGCUUCCUUUUGAUAACACCUCGACACCCAUUUAAACCCGAGCCGACGCAGCAUCGCCAUGUUCUAGCGAGAUCUGAAGAUACCGACGUCAAGCCUCCGUUCGACGUUGUCUCCAUUUUCUGUCAACAUCUCUCACUCCGCUGAGCAGGAGCAAGUUUGUUGCAGUAGUUUGAGUCAUCUUUCAAUUUGAAACAGACAUCAACAUCAACACGAUCAUCAGCAUCGCAUUAGCAUCAAUACUACUGUGUCUAUCAAGCCCCAUUGCUGAUGCUUCUCAGGAAGGGAGAAAGGAAACAUCAUUGACUGCCGUGCAACAUUCCGCUGGCUUGUUAAUCGUUGCGUCCUUUAACCCACUGGUGGCUUCUACUCCUCCAGAUUCCUAGCUAGUAAACGUACCCCUUUUGCUACCCCAACCCGCUUCUGUACCUUAUCGAGACUGGCCUUAUCCCAUUACAGUCAACGCGGCCAACGUAACGUUCGUCUCUCGCCUUUUGUCAACAAGAGCUCCGUCGUAGCGUUACCGGCCGUUCGGCUAUACGGUCCUGCUGGCCUGCUACCUACCUUGGCUCAACCGCUGUCCUCUAGUGGAGAUCGAAAACUUACAACCUCGCUCGUACAUUGGCCAUACUUUUCUUCCAAUUAUCUCACCUUCUUCUUUCACCGGGGCCUUCGCCUUUCAAGCUGAGUGCGGCCGAAGGCUAAGUGCCCAGGAGAUCCAGAUCAGCAGAUCGAUACUUUGCCUCAUAGACUCAGCACAUUGACUGCCUGCAAAGUGCCAUAGUCUCUGUGAUUGGAACAGCCACUCAUCAUAAACAUCGCGCAUUCACAGCCGAUUAGUUACAAUUUCCUUGACCAGGACGCACCUUAGACUGGAUCCCGGCUUUGGUAAGAGAUUGGCAAACCCUGGCCUACGAGCGAUUAUCCUUUGUGUUGAGGUUCAAGGGCAAAAUCAUCAGCCAGACUGGUGGCUGUAUCAUCAUUUCACCAAAGUUCAAAAGAAAAGAAAAGAAUCCGAGCAAGAACGGCGAAAUGACUACACCAACGGCUUCUGGCAAUCCAACGACGGAAACGGUGCAUACGAUAUCCUCUCCGCUUGAUGCGCCUCUUGAGGGUGACGUGCAUCACCCAGGUCUGGGAGAGCAAGAAUCGCAAGCGGAGCAGUCGCAACAGCCGAAUGGAGGGCAACAACAGAAACAAAUGCACCGGGAGCAGCAUGAGGAACAUACCGAGGAACAGCAGCAAGGUCAGGAACGACACGAAGAGCAGCACGAGGAGCAUCACCAGGAACAAUGCCCGGAUCAAGUUCAUGAACAACAUCAGGAACGGCAGCCCGAGUAUACCGGUCCAGCGGUCUUGCAUGUUCCUACUGCUACCAACGGGAUUGUCGAGAGCCAUGGUCACUCGCCGCGGGCGAGAAAGGACACCAACUCCUCCAUAUCGACCAUUACAUCUGCCGCCACAGCUGCUACAUCCUGUAGCAUCGGGUCCUCCCCCUCCCUGACUCCGACAACCGCUCUGCCAACGCAAAACAUCUUUUCUCUUAAGGACGGGAACGCUCCUUUGUCUUCGAGUCGAAACAGACGGCGGACUGGCCCCUUGGCGCCGGAGGCAAGGGGAAAGGCCGCUCUGAUCCGAAAACAAGGUUCAUGUGCGAACUGCAAAAGGAAGAAAAUCGGAUGCGAUGCCCGACAUCACGGCAUGACUUGGGAAGAACUCGCGCAAAAGUUUCCCAACUCUGCAGAGAUGCAGCAGCUUGAAGCCAUUGUGCCACCGACCCCUAAUCUUCAUACACAAGAAUCAAGAAAGCUCAAUCUGAGCACCCCUUCGCCAGAAUUCAUGGACAUUGAUUCCUCUCCAACACAACAACAGAUCCGUUCAUCGUUCAGCGAGUCGCGUGUUAGAACACCUCUGCCUUCCAAGCCUCGUCAGGAUCGUGCAUCAACUGUGUCGUUCCCUCAGCCCAACGAUGGUCUUUCCAACGGCAACGUUCUGACGUCGAAUUCGCAUGGGGCUACAGUCCGAGCUUCCGAAGGCUUUGCUAGGGGUCGCUACAGAAGAAUUUCUGCCUUGUUUCUUCGCUGGCGGAAUGACGAAGACCCUGCAUUAAAAAACUCGAUGGAUGAGUUCAGAGAGGUGCUUGAAGAGUACUACGACUGCUCAUGCCAAACCAAGAUUAUUCCAUCCGCGAAUCAAAACCACAACGUUUCCAUGUGGGUUUUGGAUGAAAUUCUUCAGUUUCUAAAGACUGAUACAGAGGACGAGUUGAAAGUACUGUAUUGGUCAAGUCACAGUUACUUGGACGCCGAUCGACAAAUGAUUUUGGCAAGCUCGAGAAGCAGCGAGGCGCAACCAGCGUCGUGCGUACGAUGGUCUGCCAUCCAGGCUCUGCUCGAUCAUGCUUCACCAGAUGUAGUAGUCAUCAUGGACGCAGCCUACUACCCGAACCAAUACAGAUUCAUGAGGAGGACCAAUCGUUCAUUGGAGCUUCUCGCUGCAUCUACCCAGGCAAACCCGGAAAGAGGAGUUUUUACCCGUGCUUUGAGCGACCAGCUGAGGAUCCGAGCUCACCUGAAGCUUUUGGGGGGCAUCUCGAUCGCUGAUCUUCAUGCUAGAGUGACAACAUCCCCUCCCCUGACCAUGGGGGCUAGAGUCCAGGAACUGCUCGGCUCGGGCGUGGGGGGAAUGUCAUUGUCGCCGCCGCUUAGUAGCUGUCCUCCUGUUCCCUUGUAUCUGCAAUUUGCGGGCAGUCCUAGGACAUCAAGCAUCAUUCUGGCACCGAAGAUAAACCGAGAGUUGGCGGUGAUGGCUGGAGAUGACGAAGCUAGUGGAAGAAAAGGAGGAACAGGAGGACUUAUUUACACGUUCCGCGUGCCCGCGGGUGCAAAUCAGGACAUUUGGGAGGAGUAUCUCUCGACGUUGCCCGACGACAUCAAGGGGAGACUGGAUUUCGUGGGGGCAGGCUAGGUGAAAGUCAGACGAUUUUGGACCAGAAACGGGGGCUCUCAAGAAAAGGUCAGAUGUACAUGAACCGCAAGACUACAAUCAGGCACUUAUCUCGAGAAAUUUCCUGUUUCAUUCCAGUGCGCUUUUGUUGUUGUGAAGUCCCAGAGAUAUUGCCUGGACGUGGAUGUAGGUGGUCUGACUGACGGCUGUAGCCAUCGAAGAAGAUUACUCCCACUUGCUCUCGGUGGAAGAAUUACAAGCACCCUAUUGUGGGCUGAGCGAGAAGAAACGAGUUGUUGAGAAGAUAUAUCGCCCUCUAUCGCAUACUCCAUAUACCGUGAACACUUGGGUAAGACCAGGCUUUUAGUAGAAAAAGAAAAAAAAG